AUGGUGGCCCUGACGGCAUCGAUCCUGACGGCGUUGCUGUCACUUGCCGGUCUUGAUCUGGUUGCAGCUCGAGACGCGGUCGAGGACCAAGCUCUGAAGCCUCGUUUCGUGCCCAAACACAUGAAGAGACUGAUCAAUUAUCAAACAUCGGCUGCGCCGGAAACACCGUCCAAGUCUCAUGAACCCGCCGAACUGCCAAGGUCCAACACCAAUAUCCUAGAUUCGAUUCUGCAGCCCCCGGGGGAAGCCGCCACAGCGCCGACGGAAACGCCAGCCGUUGUCGUCAUCACGCUAUCGAUUGAUGCCGAUGGCAAGACGCACACGCUGACCGGAACCCCAACGGGAACCGCCUCCUCCUCCACCGUGACGAGCUCCGUGUUGACCUCGGAGACCGCUGCGGUCAGCGCCCCAGCGUCCACAACGACCGGCUCGCUGACCUCGACCGCAUUGCAGUCCCCGACGGAGCAGGCUGUCCCCCCUCCGUCUUCAACGGCGGCCGAGUCACCAAAACCAACCGAUGCCGCCAUCUCGUCCGACUCUGGGUCCGCAUCGGCGUCCCAGCAACCAGCCUCUGAGCAGGGGACCGCCUCUUCGUCGUCAGCGGUGGCUCCCUCGAACUCGGCAACGGAUGCGAGCACCUUCUCGGGCUCGAGCACGGCCGAUCUCCUUCCCGGCUCGAGCACAGCCAACGCCCCAGCGUCGUCUAUCGGUCAACCGACGUCAACUGGGAUUAUCCCAACCCAGUCGCCUGUUUCGUCAGCCAUUUCGCCCUCGGCCGCUACAUCCUCUGGACUGUUGGAUACUGGGCUCUUGUCCAGCCUCUCAGACUCGUCGACCGGCCAGCCCACGUCUAAUGAGGUUGUCCCGACGUCCUCUGCGGUGUCCUCUCCAAUUGCGUCACCCUCCGCUAUGACGUCUUCUGGACUGUUGGGUAGUGGGCUGCUGUCAGGACUCCUCCCUACUGGCACCGUUAAUGCUUCUGAGACUUCAACGGCGCAGACUGGGUCGAGUACUCCGGGAUCCGCUACCUCCGGCAGUGGAAAUCCCUCGGAACCCACGAGCUCUUUCGGUCUUUUACCGACCAUCUCCAUCAGUAUCCCGCCUGCCACCCCCACACCAUCCGCUGGUACCUCGGUGGGAGUCACUCCUGAACCCAGUAGCAUCCCCACGAGCAGCGUGAUCCCAGGAGCCUCUAGCUCGAGUGGCUUCUCCACUUCUACGCCUGUCAUCCCCGGAGGUUCCACCGGAUCUCAAACCUUCACCCGCGGGCCGUCCGCGCCGCUGACUAGUCCCGGCGUUCCCAUGUCCACCAGUGGUGUCGUUGUUCCCACCGGUUUAACUGGCUCUAGUGGCUCGUCGUCCACUCGACUCAUCAGUUCCUCGACGCCAACAGACGUGCCCACGAGCCAAAACAUCCCGAGCUCGACGAACACGCCCACGCCGAUUGCAUCGACCACUUCGACUCCGACCAGCACGGAACAGCCUAGCACCACGGAGAAGUCGACCGAGACGACCAAGAUUACCCCGACUCCCGAGCCAACCACAACGAGCGAGUCAAAUGACUGGGUCCCGUCCACUAUUCUGGUGGAGCCUCCGAGUCCGACGACCCAAAACACGGCCACCCACCCCACCGCGACGACGUCGUCCACCCCGAGCCAGCUCCCUGGGUCCAUUUCGCCUGCGAAUGUCCCCGUGGAACCUCCGGCCGACUCGACCUUGAUUCAGUUGGGAUUCAAUGGCAAGCUUCGCUAUAGUUUCGUGGCGACAACGCCUCUCUCAUCCUCGCAGAUCUUCCUCUACAUUCCGAUCGCCCUCGAGAAUGCCCUGAAGAUCCUUCGAAAGCAGGUGUCCAUGUUGGCCAUCCAGCCUUACGACAACUCCCAGAGCACUGGCUACAUCGCGACCGUGGCCAUGGCCUACAUUCCCACUGCCCAGGUGGACUCGCUGCGGAAGAUGCUGAACAAUCCCAAUUCGCAGCUCUACCAGCAGACUGACAGUUCCGCCAAGGCAUUGAUGUCGAUGAUUGACCCCUCGAUCCCUCUUGUUGUAGGUGAAUCUGGAUCGUCCUCGGGUAGCGGUGGAUAUUCCAACCCGAAUGGGUCCAAAGGGAACCCCGGCAGCGGUGAUGGAGCUAACGAGACUGAUCCCAACUCCGACGCGGGCGCCAGCAGCAGCGGGUCCGCUCGCGCUAGCUCCGUGGGCAUUGGCGUGGGUGUUGUGGCGGGAGCCGCUGCCUACGGUGCUGGAAUGUUCUGGGUCGCUCGUCGUUACCGCAAGAAGCGUCAAUUGCACCAACGUUCCAGCUCGAACGUGGUACAGACGAGCCGGAUGUCCCGUGGUAGCCACAACAGCCGGGGCACUGGCCGUACUCAGAUGAUCAGCGCCCCGGUUAUGGCGGAGAACUCCCUGGGAUGGAAUUAG